AUGCUGAUGGAACUAAUACCCACCUACUCGGGCCCUCACUACGCAGAUUCUUCUAAUUGCUUUCAUCGCGAAUUGUUUAUGCCAACGCUACCGAACCUUCUCUUGGACUCGGAGUGUUUCUUUGAUAUGCACCCGAACACAAAUGAAGCUGGUCUCCCUGGUAGCCAUGACAAUCAUCCGAUCCAACUUCGACAGGAUGGGUUUGACUACGAAGACGACAAUGAACAUACAUCCUCGAACCCCCAAUCAGUGACUGGUACAUUGGCGGGGUCUCACUGGCCAGUCCAAGGCACCCAGAGUCAUUCAUCUUCCAAUGACGAUGCCCUGGGGAUUUCCUAUGACUCCCCAUUCAAACCUUUUUCGACAGAAAGCAUUAGCCACUCUUCAUACUCGGCUCAUCUGACUCAUUACUAUAAUGCCCUGGUGGUACCAGACAUUUCUCACUCGGUUACCUACCUGCCACUGAAUGAUGUUGCGAGCCUGACCUCAACAUUUGCUUCUCCUAUUCACGGGAGCCAGCACCACUUUGCACCACUCAUGGCUCACCCUGACCAUGGGGCCGUCAAAAAGGAGACAUAUGACGAACCUGUUCACCUGAGAUAUCCAGGUAAUUUGCCAAGUUUGCCACAGAGUACUCCAAAUGCCGGUCCUGUUGAGUUGUCCACCUCCUAUCCCGGUAGCACUCUUGGAGAUGUGCAACGCUACCCCGAUAUGACCACAAUGGUUAAUUCUAACGCUGCUAUUGCGGCUCCGAUGGUGGAAACCACAUUUGUCGACUUGAAAGUGUGUAAUGUAUGCGGGAAGAGAAUCACAAGGGACAUGAUUCGUCAUAUGAGAACCCACCAGGCCCACAAGAGGUUUAAUUGCAUGUUCCCCAAAGAUUCAUGUGAUCACAAGUCGGGCCAAUUCAACAGAAGAUACGAUUUUAAGAAGCAUUUGCUAAACAAACAUUUCGACUUUGUCAAUCCAAGUGUGAAGAAAGUACACAAUUUGCGCGAUAAGCUCAAUGAUUGGGGUUAUUGUCCUUGUGGACGGCAAUUUUUAUCGAGUGACUGGCUCGAAAAUCAUAUCCUUACGGAUGAUGAAACGAAGAAAUGUCCAAUGAUGACAGAGAAAACAAAUAGGUGA